AUGGCGACAACUAACCACACUUCCACGACAGCCACGCAAAACGGAGACAGCGGCAGCUCAAUAUCCAAGGACUAUGAUCUAUCUCAACCCAUUACCUCGACGUCCGGCCUUCGCUCUGGAUUGACUUCAUACGGCGACGCCCAUUUCUCGCUGUUCCUCAGAAAAGUCUUUAUCAAAGCCCUGGGAUAUUCGGACUCGGCACUCUCCUCACCCAUCAUCGGGGUCAUCAACACCUACUCGUCAUUCAAUCCUUGCCAUUCUAAUGUGCCACAACUUAUUGAAGCCGUCAAACGGGGUGUUUUGGCCUCCGGGGGUCUGCCCGUCGAUUUCCCAACCAUCAGUAUCCACGAGAGUUUUGCCAGUCCGACCAGCAUGUAUCUCAGGAACUUGAUGAGUAUGGACACGGAGGAGAUGAUCAAGGCCCAGCCGGUAGAUGCGGUGGUCAUGAUAGGCGGGUGUGACAAAACCGUUCCGGCUCAGUUGAUGGGCGGCAUAUCCGCGAACAAGCCAGUCAUUCCUCUCAUCACUGGCCCCAUGAUGCCGGGUUCGGUAGAAGGGGUCAGGGUCGGGGCGUGCACAGACUGCCGAAGCUACUGGGCGAAGUAUCGAGCGGGUGGCGUCGACUUGGAAGACAUCAUGUCCGUCAACGAGGAAUUGGCGCCCACAGGAGGCACAUGCGGAGUCAUGGGCACGGCAUCGACCAUGGCUUGUGUGACUGCAGGCUUGGGACUGCUUGAACUCAAAUCUGGGGCCACCGCUGCAGCCGUGAGCUCGGCGAGACUCAGAGUCGCCGAGCAAGCUGGGCGGAAUGCAGUGGCCAUGCUUACCAAGGACGGCAUGAGGCCACAAGAUCUCCUCACCCGGGAAAGCUUCCUCAACGCCAUCACCGUUCUCCAGGCCAUUGGUGGGAGCACGAAUGCUGUAGUGCAUCUCCUGGCCAUUAUCAACCGACACCCGAAAGUAGCGGGCACUAUUGACCUUAACACCUUUGACGAGAUUGGGAGAAAGACCCCGUUGCUGGUGGACCUGAAGCCCAGCGGCGACAAUUACAUGACCGACUUCCACAAUGCAGGCGGCAUGUUGGCAUUGAUGCAUACCUUACGGCCGUUGUUACAUCUCAAUGCAAAGACUUACUCUGGCCAGACCCUAGGUGAGCUUCUCGACACCACUCCCUUCAAAUCAUUCCAAUACUCCAAGCAGAUCGUCCGGCCGCUCGAAGACCCACUCUACCCUAGCUCGAGUUUGGUCGUCUUGCACGGCAACAUCUGCCCUCAAGGCGCUGUGAUGAAAGCCUCGGCGUCAAAGGACCGGAAACUCUUGCACCACCGCGGCUCGGCCUGCGUCUUUGAAAACACCGCAGACAUGGCCCAACGCAUCGACUCCCCAGAACUGGAGGUUGACGAGAACUCGGUACUGGUGCUCAAGAGCAUCGGGCCCGUGGGAAAUCCUGGCAUGCCCGAGGCCGGACUGAUACCUAUACCCCAAAAGCUCGGCAAACAAGGCGUGACGGACAUGUUGCGAAUCAGCGACGGACGAAUGAGUGGAACUGCCGGUGGUACGAUCAUCCUGCACAUAUCGCCCGAGUCUGCGGACCUGGACUCGGUCUUUGGCGUGGUGCAGACGGGGGACAAGAUCAUUUGCGACGUCGAGAAUAGGACGUUGCUCCUCGAGGUGGACGAGGAUGAGAUCGCGAGACGUAUCGCCGAACGUAAAGCGCGAUCCCAGGAUACUUUGCCUUCUGGUGGUUCUGAGGGAAAGACGUCGAACAACCCCGAGCCGUGGGUGGACAGAGCUGGUCGGAGGGGUUACCGAGGCCUCUACGAGCGUGAAGUCAACCAGGCACAUCUUGGUUGCGACUUUGGCUUCCUCACAGCCCAAGGUCCGUCACGCAAAUGA